AUGCCGGUCAGACCUAAUACUGCCGUUGUCAACCGCACUGAGAUCAUGAAUCCAGGAAAGAAGAUGAAAUCUAACAAGAAGGACAAGACAAACACAGAGAAGGUCGUGGUUUAUGAGCCAGGGAUUCCUGAGCCAACAAACAGAGCUGAGCUCAUGAAAUAUUGGAUUAAUUUGUCUUUGGAUGACAAGACUGCCAACAAGAUGUUGUGGAUUGCCGAUAGCGGCCUGAUGGUGCGUCGUAGAACUGAGGAGAUUUGUCCCGUCCUGGAUCGACCAGAGCGAUACGAGAACUGUCCACAGGUGCUGUGCAAAGAGGGCUUGUUAAACGUGAGGGCUUACUGGGAGGUGGAGUACACCGGGUGGGUGGUAAUCGGAGCCACCUAUGAAGGAGCUGGAAGGAGAGGGAAUUCUGGGCCGAGCGGGCUGGGAGACAACGAGGAGUCCUGGGGUCUGUGUUGGUUGGGAUCAUGUUACCAGAUCUGGUUCAACGGCAUAAACACAGACAUAACGAAUGUCCCGUUUUGCCCCACGAUCGGCGUUUACAUCGACCAGCCUGCGGGGAUAAUCAACUUUUACACCAUCACUGGCGAGGGGGCGGAGAGGGAGGCGAUGCUGCUGUACAAAGUUAAGACGACCAUCGAGAAGAAGAUUGUGCCGGGUUUCUGGAUGGGAGUUCAGUCCACGUGCACGAUGCUGAGGAAAACAGAUUGA